AUGUUACCGGUUUCGCGCCCUGAUGGUCAGAUGAACUUCAACUACAUCCCGACCACUCAGCCCAUGUCCGGCGCAUCGACGGGGCGAAGUUCUCCCAGUGACGGAGCCUCGAAAGCACCAUUCGGUCCUGCGGGCUCGAUUGGUGGUGCGAGGCUGGGGGCUGGCUCCCCUUCUCACGAGUUGGGGACACGUUUGUACCCGAAGCGGGCUCGUGAAAUCCAAGCGCAAGAAGGCAUCUCUCCCAGCAUCUGGGGUCCUCCCACAAGCGGCCACUCAACCCCGCUCCGUGAAAAUAUCCCCGAAUCCCCUAACCAGGACAGCUUCCCGGAUUUGAUCCCUACCACUAAUGGUCCGAUCGGUGGUUCGGGUCGCCGAGCUCGCGCGGGCACCGUGCCUUCGCGAUUCCCUCCAAUGGGCACACUGAAUGAACACGACAUCCAGCAGCCGUUCAUGCCUCAAACAUCCCGACCAACGCCGUCUACCAGCCCGUUCCGACCCCAGGUAUUCCUGCGACAGAUUCGAGUACCAGGAUCGCUUCCUCGGCAGUCCCGUCUUCGAGCUGGCUCGAUGCCACAGAGGAGCAGUUUGCUUGGUUCUGGCAGCAACCCUUUCGGCUCAUCAUUGUUCUCUUCGGGCUGGGGGCGCGAGCGAGCCACAACUCUAACCAGUAUUCGUUCUUCCGAAGGCCCUACCUCGCCUAGCCAAUCUUCGUUUUCCGGCAACGGUCUCGCCGAUUCCGAUGUGAAGACGCUGGACUACCUGGGCCUUGCGGAGACCCCCCACCAGGCACGGGCAAAUUUGGCACGAACUUCUAUGGAGAUGCUGAUGCAACAGCAACAGCAGCAGCAGGCUCAGCUACCGCCACUCCUGGCCGAGCUGGCGAUGAUGAAGAACAACAAUCGUUUCCGAUCGUACUCGGUCAAUGCGAAGGAGAAAUACGCGGACGAUGAGGAUCUCGAGUAUGAGAGCCGUUAUUCUCAGAUCCCUUCGGGUACCCUCACACCCACUGCAGCUGCUACAGCUGCUCAGCUUGCCGCCACGCAGGCUCAGAUUCAUCAGCACAAUCUUGCAGUUCAGGCAUUUGCAAGCCACGCCUCUGUCAAUCGGCCCCGAGCUCGGACUGCCGGCAUUUUGGAGGCUCCCCCUCAGCGAUCCUCCAUCCGCAACUACCUCGCAACUCCCUCUCGCCUCGAUAACAGCUUCAGUGCUGCUGAUUUGCAGAUCGCUGAAAAUGGCGAAUACGAUGACUUGUCGGAGGCUGUCCAACUGCUGGGCCUUGGAGGUGGUGCUUCCGGGGUCGGUUUGCGUCAACCGGGUGACUUGGCAGAUGAGAACAACCAGGACGGCCCGACUCGGGCUCUGUGGAUUGGCAGCAUUCCCGUGUCGACUACUGUGACUUCGCUGGAGGCUAUCUUUGGCAUGUACGGUAAGAUCGAGUCUACUCGCGUGUUGACCCACAAGAACUGCGGUUUUGUCAACUUCGAGCGCAUCGAGGCUGCUGUCCAGGCGAAGUCGCUUCUCAAUGGCAAGGAGAUUUUCCCUGGCGCGGGACCUGUCAGAAUUGGUUAUGCCAAGGUUCCUGGCACUUCCGCAACAGGCACUCCCGGUGCCAAUGGCAUUCAAUCGUCUCCUACUCCCGACCCCAACUUUAAGUCCAACCUCGUAAAUGAUGGUAUAGCACAGACAGAUCUCGGGGUCGUGCCUCAAAUUGCUUCUUUGAUUGAUCUGAUGCCUGAAAUGCUGGAGAUUGUCAAGGAGUUUGGCGCCUCCGAGGAGGACUUGCGCCACAUUACCAAUAGUAUCCAAACCUCUAUUGCCUUUGAAGCCUACGAGGAUGAGAUUCCUGCCGUUCCUGAGCCUAGCCAGUCUCGCAUGUUUGACGCCCCUCGCCUGCGUGAUAUUCGCAAGCGCAUCGACAACGGCGCCUGCUCCAUUCAAGAGAUUGAGGAGACCGCUGGUGCUAUGCUCCCUGAGAUUGCAGAGCUUUCAUCCGAUUAUUUGGGCAACACUGUCGUCCAGAAGCUGUUCGAGUUCUGCUCCGAGUCUACUAAGGAACAGAUGCUCACGCAUAUUGCACCCCACCUUGCCGAGAUCGGUGUCCACAAGAAUGGAACUUGGGCUGCUCAAAAGAUCAUCGACGUGGCGAAGACACCCAGCCAGAUGAACAUGAUUGUUGAUGCCCUUCGUCCUUACGUGGUCCCUCUGUUCCUGGACCAGUACGGUAACUAUGUUCUCCAGUGCUGCCUUCGGUUCGGUACACCCUUUAAUGACUUCAUCUUUGAAACCAUGUUGAGCCGCAUGUGGGAGAUCUCCCAGGGACGGUUCGGUGCCAGAGCCAUGCGGGCUUGCUUGGAAAGCCACCACGCCUCUAAGGAUCAGCAGCGGGCACUUGCGGCUGCUAUCGCUCUUCACAGCGUGCAGCUGGCCACCAACGCCAACGGUGCUCUCCUGCUCACUUGGUUCCUCGACACUUGUACUUUCCCUCGUCGUCGUACUGUCCUUGCUCCUAGACUGGUUCCUCACCUUGUGCACCUCUGCACCCACAAGGUUGCCUACCUUACGGUGCUCAAGGUCAUCAACCAGCGCAACGAGGCUGAAGCGCGAGACAUUGUUCUCAAGGCUCUCUUCUUUAGCCCCGGCGAUGAAGUCUUGGAGAAGAUUCUGAGUGACCAAACCUCCGGCGCAACCCUGAUCUUCAAGGUCUUGACCACUCCGUUCUUCGAUGAGUCCAUGCGAUCGGAGGUCGUGAAGAAUGUCUCAAAGGUUCUCACCAAGCUGAAGGCUUCUCCUAGCCAAGGCUACAAGCGUCUGAUGGACGAACGGCCGGGAGCACCAUGGCCGGGAGCAUGGAGCCAGCCACUCCUCCACCCCGAGAAGUCACAGCACCGCCAGUCUUCUCGCCACGGAAGCACGAACUUCCCAUCUCAGCCGUCUUUGGAGCGACAGUACAGCGGCCAAUUCGUUCCCAAUAUGCUUGGCCAGUCCGAUGGGCGCCCCAUGUCAGCCGACCAGAACCACGCUCCUCUUGACCUAUACUCCAACGGGAUCAACGGGUUUGGAAACCCCUUGAAUGGAUUGGGCGGCCUCAACGGCGGCUUCCAAGACCCCGGUCUAGCUCUCACCCCCCAGCAAUUGCAGUACCAGAACUUCCUCGCUGCCCAAGCUCGCGGUGUCUCCCCAGGAGGCAUGUACGGAGGCAUCCCCGGUGCCAAUUUUGGCUAUCCCGGAGGGUCCAUUGACAACCUCCGCUCCAUGCAAAAUCAGCAGGCUUCGCCGCUGUCCGGGCCUGGCCCAAUGAGCCCCAACCCGAUGCUCGGCCAAUCCAACUACCCCUCGCAGCAAUUCAGCCCGGUCGUCAACCCUGCGCAGAUGUACCAAUACCCUCCGCAGUUCUACGCUCAGGGUCAACCAGUGCCGGGCCAAGGGGGCCGCCGCGGACGGGUGAGUGGGCACCAGUGA